UUGGCGUGUCACGCGUUCGCGAUCAGGGCGUUGGGCGCAUAGCAGAGCAGAGUUUAUCGCAAUUAAUCGGCGCUGCUCUCUUGAACAGGCGCCAGAAAACGUCUUUUGGUAAGCGGCUUUAUCUCAUCAGACGCCUUCUAUCUCUCCAGUCUCAAUCACUCUUCAACAGGCGGCCGCAGUUGUCUCUUCAACCUCUCAGUGCUUCUAAUACUCUCUCGUCUUCAAACAGUUCAUUGAACAGUGUAUUGAAUUUCUCAGUACUUGAACUGAGUUCUUAACAUUAUCUCUUUUAAAUUUCAUAGUGCUUGAACAUUUGUUGACAUUUGAGAUACAUUAUUGAACUGAUCAGUGCUUGAAUUUCAGCAGCUCUUGAGAGACAAGUCUGAGUUUUAUUUUUUGCUGAACUAUAUUAUUUUGUUAUACGUAUUUGUAACAAUAUAUAAGUUCAACAGGUGAUGAAUAAACGUUUUCAACUGCUUUGUGUGCGGAAAAUUUGAGCAAGUGCUUUAAGUGUAAAGUGAAAUAAUUUGUAGGCUAGUAGUUUUAUACUAGUCUGAACAGUGUUUGCAUUUCUGGCAUCACUCUCAACAGACAGGUCUUGUUUAAAUUGUACCCUGUGUGGAACAUUAUUUUUUGUGUGUUGAACUAUUGAGUUAAUGUAAUUGAGGCAUUAGUCAUGGAGCAGUCUUUCGAAGUUUAUUCAAUAAGGAGACUUACUCAUCUUAGUGUUGAAAACUUUUCAAAAACCUUGAGAGCGCCAGCCCCGCCAGUGCCCGUGUCGUCAGUGAACACGGCAGUGAUGUCGCCGGUGACAGUGGCAGCCGCAGCGGCACCGGCCGCACGGUCGCAAUCGCAUGCGGCGUGCCCCAGUCACACAGCUGCGCCGCAGUCGCUUGCCGCAUGCCCCAGUCGCACCUCUGUGCCGCAGUCGCAUGCCACAUGCCCCAAGGUGAAUGGCGCCAGUCAACAACACACGCCUGCCAAGAAGACGCCGCGCGACUUCAUCUUCGGAAAGGUGAUCGGCGAGGGCAGCUUCUCAACCGUCUACAUUGCCAAAGACAUCCACAAUCGCAAGGAGCUCGCCAUCAAGGUGUGUGACAAACGUCACAUUCUGCGCGAACACAAGGAGGAGUACAUCAAGCGAGAGAAGGACGUGCUGAACAUGGUUAGCAACAGUGGCGCGCCGUUUUUCGUGAAGCUGUUCGCGACAUUCCAGGACGCGACACGCCUCUACUUUGUGCUGACCUACGCCAAACACGGCGAGCUGCUGCCGCACAUCAACCGGGUCGGCUCGUUCGACAUGGCCUCCUCGCGGUUCUACGCGGCCGAGAUCCUCGUCGCCUUGGAGCACCUCAAGCGCCUCAACAUCGUGCAUCGCGACCUCAAACCGGAGAACAUCCUGCUUGACGAGAACAUGCACAUACUCAUCACCGACUUUGGAUCCUCCAAAAUUAUGACCGACCACAAUGAUACCAAUGUUUUUGGUGCAGAUGAAGACGACAGAUCUAGAGCGAGGAAGAACAGCUUUGUUGGGACAGCACAGUACGUUUCUCCAGAGCUUCUGACCGCCAAAACCGCCUCCGCCAGCUCCGAUCUGUGGGCUCUCGGCUGCAUCAUCUACCAAAUGGUCUAUGGUCUACCUCCAUUCCGAUCAGGGAGUGAAUUCCUAAUUUUCAAACAGAUAAUGAACCUAAACUACGAAUUCCCUGAUGGAUUCUGCCCUGUCGCUAAGGAUCUUAUUGAAAAACUGUUGGUUCUGGAGCCAAGCCAGAGGUUAGGAGCGUCAGACGAAGUUGGUUACCCAUCAAUCAGACAGCACAAUUUCUUCCAAGGUAUUGAGUUUGACACACUGCAGAACCAGACUCCUCCACUCAUCUACCCCUACCACUCGAGUACGUCAGAUAAUCACGAUCUCCGAAGCCAAUAUAGGGUGCCAGACAACCUGGAGCCAGGCCUGGAUGACAAGCAGAUGACGCGGCUGCUGGGGUUGGAGCUGCACGAGUCGCCCAAGAAGCAGUCGCUGCUGACCGGCCUCUCCGCCGACGAGGUCAGUCGCCGCCUCAAGCAGCAGGAGGCCACCAACCAAUUCCACCGAUUUGUCGACGGCAACCUCAUACUCAAGCAGGGCUUGGUCGACAAGAAAAAGGGCUUGUUCGCAAGGAGACGAAUGCUGCUGCUGACAACAGGGCCACACCUCUACUACGUCGACCCGAUCCAAAUGCAGCUCAAGGGCAAGAUCCCCUGGUCCAACGAGCUCUCCGUCGAAGGCAAGAGCUUCAAAGCGUUUCACGUGCACACACCAAACCGGAUUUACUACCUCGAAGACCCCGAAUACCUGGCCAACGAGUGGUGUGACGCCAUCAACGAGCUGCAGCAACAACACCAAACAUAACCCUACUUCAACCCUAGGAGCCUCAAUCGUCCCUCAGUGGUCACCUAUCUCGUUCUGUGAUAAUUAGGUAAUACCCAGUUAACCGUCUCCAUCAUUCAAGGAGCAGUUAGUUAAAUUUUCAUUCUCUUGACGAAGACAUUAGAUGAAUUAUUAGAAAAAUUGUUUUAGUUCGAAUUAAACACUUUUUGUUGUCAAACGAACCUUGUUGUCAAAACGAGUCUCUUUAGCAAACAUUGUGUAAGUAGGAUAAUUUGUUGUCGUUCUUCUCAACCAAAUAAAUUGGAUAGUUGGAAGCACAUCUUCCUCAUUUGAAUAGUUCCUAGGAGAGAUAUUUUUUUAAUUUUAGCACUCUAAUCAUUACCAAUAAUCUUACUGCUGUAUAAAUUUGAAGAACAAACCAAAGUCGUCCUUGUAAUAUAUUACAGUUUAUUCAUUGCAAUCGCCAAAACAUUGUUCAAUCGACAUUUAAACCAGCUUGUUCUUCAGCUGAUAGGCCUAUUCAAGCUAGUUGACAUGUGUCCACUGUACAUUAUUCAUAAGAUUUAUGUAACAUUUGGUAAGCGGUGUUUUGGUGAACACUCUUCCUCUAAAAAAACUUCAACUCCCUAUUCUUAGCAAUAAUAUUGAAACCUGUCUCUUAGAAAGCUUAUCUGCCAGAAAGAUUGGAUAAUUAGCUAAUCAUUGAAAUUUAUGGAAGUUCUAUUAUUGAGUUGAAGUAUUUAUGAUUCAUCUUUUAUCUAAGAUUUGGCGGUCAUUUUAAUUGUGAUAACAUCGUGUUAUUAUUUUGAAUAAUUUGACUUCGCUUUAGCUAAAUUAAUUUUAUAUAUCAUUUUAAAGAUUGGCUUGAAUAAUAAUCUAUUUCAGAAUGAAAGGUACAUAUUUAACCAGUUUACUAAGUGUGUACUUCUUUCUGAAUUGGCAGAUAAGUUCUGUGUGGGAAAUCACUUCAAAUAAUGAAGGGUUUCUUAAAAUUCUCAAUAGAAGAGUUCAUUUGAAAGCAUUCAUACUUCCUAAUAUUGGAGAAACCAUUGAUAACGAUUAUUGUCUUUAGAAUAUUGUUGAAGUUUAAAAAUCUCUCCAAAUUAUUUUUUCAGCGAGUUUAAUUGCCUGCAAGAAGUGAUAAACUAAGCAGUUAAUAGUGAAUCUGUUAACCAGUUUGCUGUUGCUCUUUUCGAAAGAGUAAAUCUACAUUCCUAAAUUGUCCUGGAAAGGUGUUGACGCAAGGGUCUUGGUUUUGUGCAAUCUCUUUCAUGUAAGAGUUUAUCAAUGCAAUUAGGUAUAAUUAUUUAUUUUGUAAAUUUAUUAUGUAUUGUAAAUAUACUUAUUGUUGAAAUGUUCAAUAGAUUGUAAAAUAUGUUUAAUUUAUUAAUAUACGAUUUAUAUCAGUUACUAUUAUUUUUAUUAUUGUGUGUAUUCCUUAUUGUAAGUGAGACUUGCUAUGUUUUGGCUCCACAGACUCUUUCAUUACAUAUUUUAGAGGUAUAACUAUUGCAGCUGUUCUAAUUAAUGCUUAUAUAUUUUAUAAUGAAAAUAUUUUAUCCAGUAUGAACUUGAAAAAGUUGUUGAGUAGGCUAAUAAGAAAGUAACUAAACCAGCUUCAAUUGUUUAUUAACUAGUACAAUUCAAUCUGAGCUUUUUCAAUGGUUGUAAGAUUAAUAAGUUUCUACCAGUAUUUGAAGAAUGAAGAAUUUGUCAAGGUUCAUCAACUUGAAUUCUUGAAUAUUUUUACAAAAAUCCCAUUUGGUAAAAAAAUUGUAUAAAUUGUUUGAAAGAUAUCAAAACCAAAUCACUAUUCUCAUUUUCAAUUUCAUUGCCAGUAUUAUUUCAGUUAUACUGAAACCGUUUUAUAAUAGUAAUUAUUAUAAAUAUUCCAUCAAAGCCUACAUCAUUUUUAACAAAAGAAAUCUCAGUAUUAUUAUUGCUUAUUGUAUCAUAGCAUUGAAUGCAUUUUAUCGUUGUACUUAAAACAAUAUGUUGUGCCAUAAAUUUCAGAAUAAUUUUCUACUCUUUGAAAAAAUCAACUAUCACAUCACCCUAUAGAAACUCGUUCCAUCCUUAUAUUAUCCAAAAUCAUUGGUGAGGAUUGUUUUUCCGCGGAAGUAGGCUUUGUACAAACAUAGCUCGUCUCAUGUCUAUUUUUAUUUUUAGGUUUUUUGUACAUGACUGGUUAUAGAAAAAUUAUUUUUUGUAGUGUAAUUUUUAUUGAGUAGCAGCUGAAUGAAUUUAUUGAUUAAUAAAAAAAAUGUAAGCUGAAAUAAGAUGUCGCGCUCAUUUUUCAAUGCGUUGGCAGAGAUUUGAAUAUUGAAACAUUGACGGAUUGUAAUGAAAUCAAAAACAUCAAAUAUGUACAUAACUCGAAAUAUUUGGUUGAUGGAUUUUUUAAAUUACUAGAUAAAAGUACAUUCGAUAAUUUCGCAAACAUAUGUUUGUUCAAGAAAAAGUAUCGUAUUCUGGCAUCACCAGGUUUGGCCUAAAGCAAUUUAAGGAAAAUUAUUACAUAAUAUACUGUAGAAAGUGAUUUCGAACGUCUAAAAUGUUCCAGAGUAUCAAAUUAUAGACAGAACAUUUGUUUCUUCAAAUCUAAUCUCAAUAAAUGAGUUACUAGUGGUGGAGCAUUUUUAUAUCAUAUACAAGCUAUGUUUUUUAUUGCUAGAUUUUUAAUUUCAAUCAUUUUCAGUUAUUUGAUUUCCUUAAAUGUAAAAACUGUUUUGCCGUUUAAUACUCUCCACCUUAUUUCCUCAUUUGUGUGUUUAAAUUCUUGGAAAAUAAUACAUGUGUACUUGAAUUAGUUCAGUUAGAAUUGGCUAAUGAAACUGGAAACUUGAAAUAUGAACUCCUGUAAUAAUAAUUAAUGAUGUAUUCUGAAUGAUUGAGAUUCAAGUACUAUAUCAGUAUUAUGUCCUGUAUCUUACCAAAUCACAGAGCUAUCCAUCCUUUAAUUAAGACUUCAAUUUAUAUCUUAGGAAUGUAUGUUUUCCCUUUUUUUAUUCGAGAAUAAUAAUUUAUAAGUAUAAUCUUGUUGAUAAUAAUAAAUAAUGGUAUGUUUGGUACCUAUAUUGUUUCUAAUAUUCUGAAAUAGAAUUGAUCUGAUGAAAGUAAACAGUUUAUCAUAA